AUGUCGGAUUCUUCGAACAUUCAGGUCAGCAACUUCUGGGAUAACACUCAAUUUGAUUUUGAUUGUAUUGAAGCAAGUGGGAGAUCUGGUGGUCUACUGAGUAUAUGGGAUUCGGGCAUUUUUACUAAAAAGGCUGCUGUUAAGAAUCGUUAUUUCUUAGCCAUACUGGGGGAAAUGGGCAAUGAAAAAAGAAAUAUUGCAGUGGUUAAUGUAUACGCUCCACAGGAUCAGAAUAUGAAAAAACAGCUUUGGGAAGAUCUACUAGUCUUGAUGGGAUCUUUUUCGGGUUCAUGGAUAUUCUUGGGUGACUUCAAUUGUGUUAGGGACCCUUUGGAAAGGAAAAACUCCAGAUUCAAUAAAAAUGAGGCAGAGGACUUUAAUUCCUUUAUCAAUGCAGCGGGUCUUGCGGAAUACUCUAUGAUGGGGUGUACCUUCACGUACGUGACGGACGACGGACUAAAACUCAGUAAGAUAGACCGGGUAUUAGUCUGUCAUUCGUUCUUAGCUAUGUGGCCUGCAGCAAAGUUAUGGGGACUGACAAGACACAAAUCUGAUCAUCGACCACUGUUAUUACUAUGCUCCGAUGUGAAUUUUGGUAAGCCACCCUUUCGGUUUUUCAACUCUUGGUUAAAAGAGGAGGGUUUAUAUGAAAUUGUGAAAAAAGCAUAUGAUGGGGUAGCUUGGUUUAACCCUCCAGACAAACUGUUAGCAGUAAAAUUAAAGGCCAUCAAAGCUGCGUUAAAACCAUGGUGUGACAAGAUCAAAGAAAAGAACAGUGGUAUGCUAAAAGACCUACAGAAAAAGGUGGAGACGUUGGAUUUAAAAGCUGAAUCAGUUGCGUUAACCGAACAGGAGAUUGAAGAUAGGAACUCAUGGCUAAAAACGAUAAAUGAGCUGGAUGAUAAAAGAUUGGAAGAUCUCAAACAAAGGGCGAAG